UUUACACACAAAAGUGCAUCGUCUGCAGAACCAAAUUCAUUGUUCACCUGACAGAGUACGACGACAGUGUAUUGUGUGGAUUUGUUUCGAAGUAAAUUUAGAAGUCGGUCACAGAGUCCACUAUGGUGAAAGUGAGUCUUUUUGUAAUGAUAUACAGUUUGAUUUGUUGCUGCACUCCUCAGAUUGAGGCCUUACAAUCAGUCUUGACUGACUCAGCUUGUCGUGGUCGAAUGACUUUCAAAAAUGUUACUGUAACCGCUUACUAUCCAAUUGAUGAAGAAGAUAACUCAAUAGAGAAUAUGGAUAUCAAAGGACAUGCACUAGCGACACUGCAGGACUAUUUUGACAAUACCGUCGACUACGUAACCGUUUCCAUGGACGAAAAUUUGCAUAUACCGUACGCUACGCAAAUUUGUAUACCCGAAUUGGAUGAGCAUUACCGUCGUCACAUAAAUUUUCAAGUACGAGACACUGCGAGCAACGUGAAAGGGCGAGGUGUGCGACGGGUGGAUAUUUGUGUACGUUCCGAGGCGGACAGUUACGAUCAUGCGGUUAAUUUGAAACAAGCCACGGUUGUAUUUUAAAUUAUUUGAAUCAAAGAGGGUCAACUAAAUUAGAAAUUUAUUUUCAAAUUGAUUGGUUGUUGAGAAUUAUGUUGCAGAGAAGUCUAAAUUUGAG